UUUAUCAGAAGUCGUCGUAUCCGCCGGGUAGCUAAAGUGUGGAAAAUCGUUCGCGUAAAUAAUAAUAAAUAAGCGUGCGGACCGCGGUCGACGAUCUUGACAUCGAAGUUUUCAUGACCCACAUUCAAUUAACCGCCUUUAUCCAGCUUUUUGUAACAAAGAAAAACUUCAACGGAACUUGGAUUUCUACGACCUCGCCCGUGUAUCUUAUCAACAGGUAGUUUUGAUGAAGUCAUCAGUCAUCACCGCGCGCGCGAUUAAAAUUCCAAAAAGUGAAAGUGGGCAAUUAACGCCAAGAAAAAUUGAUUAGCCGCUCAUUGAUUUCGCGCGACGCGAGGGGGGGAGGCACCUGAUAAAAGAAUGUAACGUAAUCGCCUGCUUCAUACAAAUAUUGAACUUUGCUACCCUACUUCCUGGUUUAAUAUAACAAUUCGUGUCAGUGUAAUUUUUAGUUAGUCAUCUGCUAUGAGCGACGACUCAUUAUCCGUUUAGUGCUCGAACCUCGCGCGCGCGUCAAAAUGGACGAAGAUUUCGAAAAGAUUUAUCAGGAGAUUGAGGAUCACUACAACAUCGAGUUGAGACAGGACUCGAUUCGGAAGAGUUGGGAGAAUUACUGGGCUUGUGAGCAGUCGAUCGCAAGUGCUCGUGCUAGUGUUAUGGUCUACGACGAUGUUAACAAAAAAUGGGUUCCGUCGGGCUCGUCUUCGGGACUGUCCAAGGUGCACAUCUACCAGCACACCGUACAGCAAACCUUUCGGGUGGUCGGACGAAAAUUGCAAGAUCACGAGGUUGUCAUCAACUGUGCCAUUUUAAAAGGACUGAAAUACAACCAGGCGACCGCGACGUUUCACCAGUGGCGAGACAAUAAACACGUUUACGGACUGAAUUUCAGCUCGAAAGAGGAUGCCGAUCAAUUUGCACGGGCCAUGUUUCACUCUUUAGAAGUAAGUACAGGAUCUCGCAGAAUUAAUGGCUCUUGGAUGGUGAAACCGUAAAUGUUUUUUAUUUUAAAUAAAUGGAUUGGCUGGUUUGUCCAGACUGCAGGGUUGCAAGAAA